AUGGAAGAUGAAAAGCCAAAGAAGAGCAUCACUCCUUACCUUAUGUACUGUGUGUCCACCGCUGUCAUUGGAUCUCUGCAGUUUGGCUACAACACUGGUGUCAUCAACGCACCAGAGAAGAAAUUGCGUCAGUUUUUCCAAAAUGUGUCGUUUGAGCGCUACGGGGAGCCGUUCACUGCAGGUAGAAACACGAUGGUCUGGAGUUUUGCUGUUGCCAUCUUCAGCGUUGGGGGCAUGAUUGGGUCUUUUUCUGUUGGAGUGAUGGUUGACAAAUUUGGAAGGCGCAAGUCCAUGCUCCUGGCUAAUAUUCUGGCUGUUUUGGGAGGAGGAUUUAUGGGACUGUCCAGCCUGAGCAGGUCCUAUGAGAUGGUCAUCAUCGGGCGUCUGAUCAUCGGCGUGUUCUGCGGUCUCUGCACCGGACUCACGCCCAUGUACAUUGGGGAGAUCUCCCCCACAGCGCUCAGAGGAGCCUUUGGGACAUUGCAUCAGCUUGGCGUGGUCAUAGGCAUCCUCGUUGCACAGAUCUUUGGCCUGGAGUUCUUGCUGGGCUCAGACAUGCUGUGGCCACUGCUGCUGGCUUUGACAAUUCUGCCAGCGGUUCUUCAGUCCAUCAUGUUACCCUUCUGUCCAGAGAGCCCACGGUACCUCCUCAUCGUUCUCAACAAAGAGGAAGAGGCCAGAAAGGCCGUAGAGCGGCUGCGUGGCCAUGAGGACGUCAAUGACGAUGUUCAGGAGAUGAAGGGGGAGGCUCUGAAGAUGUCCAUGGAAAAGAAGGUCACAAUAGCAGAGCUUUUCCGAUCUCCUGUUUAUCGCCAGCCCAUUAUCAUUGCCAUCGUCCUACAGCUCUCUCAGCAACUGUCUGGCAUCAACGCAGUAUUUUACUAUUCUACCAGCAUAUUUGAAACGGCUGGAGUGACUCAACCCAUCUACGCCACAAUCGGAGCUGGAGUUGUCAAUACUGUCUUCACUGUGGUCUCUCUCUUCCUGGUUGAAAGGGCAGGACGAAGAACCUUGCACCUGAUUGGCUUGGCAGGAAUGGCAGUCUGUGCACUGCUUAUGACCAUUUCCCUCGCUUUGGUGAAGACGAACCCGGCCAUGAGUUACCUGGCCAUCGUAGCCAUCUUUGGGUUUGUGGCGAGUUUUGAGAUGGGUCCAGGUCCAAUCCCGUGGUUCAUUGUGGCUGAGCUAUUUUCCCAAGGGCCGCGACCGGCUGCGAUGGCUGUAUCCGGCUUGUCCAACUGGACCGCCAACUUCCUGGUUGGACUGGGCUUUCCCAAACUGGCAGAAAUUUGUGAUGCCUAUGUCUUCCUCAUCUUUGUGGUGCUGCUCAUCUUCUUCUUCAUCUUCACCUUCCUGCGUGUGCCUGAGACCAAAGGGCGGACUUUUGACGACAUUGCCCAGGGAUUUGCUGCGAGUGCUGGGAAAACUCCGGCCUCCCCAGCUCCAGAGGCUGUGCUAGUGGCCGAUGGCAAAGAUCCUGCUCCCAUGUCCCCCAACGACAAAGUGCCUAUGGUCGACCUACCUCUGGAUAAGCAGUGA